AUGGCGCGGCCGGGCGGCGCGGGCCACCGCAGCCCGGGGCUGGAGCGAGCCCCGCGCCGGAGCGUCGGGGAGCUCCGCCUGCUCUUCGAGGCGCGCUGCGCGGCGGUGGCGGCGGCGGCGGCGGCCGGGGAGCCCCGGGCGCGCGGGGCCAAGCGGCGCGCCGGGCGCAGCACCCGCGCCCGCGCCCGCCUCGGAGCGCGCGGGGCUCCCCGGCGCCGGCCCGUCGCACCUGCAGCAGCCGCGCCGCCUGUCCACGUCGUCCGUGUCCUCCACCGGGUCGUCGCUGCCCGAGGACUCGGAGGACGACCUGCUGCUCAGCGACAGCGAGAGCCGGAGCCGCGGCAACGUGCAGCUGGAAGCCGGCGAGGAGGACGCGGGCCAGAAAAGCCACUGGCAGAAGAUCCGGACCAUGGUCAACCUGCCCGUCAUCAGCCCCUUCAAGAGGCGGUAUUCGUGGGUACAGCUGGCGGGACACACGGGGAGCUUCAAGGCGGCGGGCACCAGCGGGCUGAUCUUGAAGCGCAGCUCGGAGCCCGAGCGUUCGUGCCUGGCGCGGCUGAUGGCCGACGCGCUGCGGGGCUGCGUGCCGGCCUUCCACGGCGAGGUGGAGCGCGACGGCGAGCACUACCUGCAGCUGCAGGACCUGCUGCACGGCUUCGACGGGCCCUGCGUCCUCGACUGCAAGAUGGGCGUCAGGUGGGCCGGGCCGGGACCUACCUGGAGGAGGAGCUGAGCAAGGCCCGCGAGCGGCCCAAGCUGCGCAAGGACAUGUACAAGAAGAUGCUGGCGGUGGACCCCGCGGCGCCCACGGCUGAGGAGCACGCGCAGCGCGCCGUCACCAAGCCCCGCUACAUGCAGUGGCGCGAGGGCAUCAGCUCCAGCACCACGCUGGGCUUCCGCAUCGAGGGCGUCAAGAAAGCCGACGGCUCCUGCAGCACCGACUUCAAGACCACCCGGAGCCGGGAGCAGGUGCUAGGCGUGUUCCAGGAGUUCGUAGAAGGAGAUGCGCAAGUGCUGCGGAGGUACCUGAACCGCCUGCAGCAGAUCCGGGACACCCUAGAGGUCUCCGAGUUCUUUUGGAGGCACGAGGUGAUCGGCAGCUCGCUCCUCUUCGUGCACGACCAUUGCCAUCGCGCUGGCGUGUGGCUCAUCGACUUCGGCAAGACCACGCAGCUGCCCGACGGCCAGACCCUGGACCACCGGCGGCCCUGGGAAGAGGGCAACCGCGAGGAUGGCUACUUGCUGGGGCUGGACAAUCUCAUUGGCAUCCUGGCCAGCCUGGCUGAGAGAUGAGGCAGUGCCCCGUCUGUGGCAGGCAGGGUCUCACCGAAGGACUGCCGUGGCUGAGUCCCGUUCGCAUGUGGGCCAAGGACUGAAACCCGCCGUGCGGGCUGUUUUGAUGGUUCUGCAAGGUCAGGUGCCAACCACGAUAGACACACUGCUCCAGGGGCAGGGCUGGGGGGCUGGCACCCAUACAAGCCCCAACAACUUUUCCAGAGCUGACGACACUAAGGGGGCGGGGGCGGGACAGGGUGGG